GCCGACUUCACCCCGCCGAGCCCCGAGCAGAUCCAGAGCUUCCUGCAGAUCGUGGAGGAGGCCAAUGGCCUCGGGGAGGCUGUGGCAGUGCACUGCAUGCUGGGCCAUGGCAGGACUGGCACGCUGCUGGCCUGUUACCUGUGCAAGGAGCAGCACCUGGCAGGGGGUGAUGCCAUCCGUGAGAUCCGGCGCCUCCGGCCCGGCUCCAUCGAGACCUCAGAGCAGGAACAGGCCGUGCUCCGCUUCUGCCAGUGCCUGGGCGCUGGCAAGGAGAGCUGAGCACAUGGAUGGCACCCAUGGAAUUGGGCACCCUGAGGUGCCAGGCGUGCCCAGCCCUGUCUGUCACCUCCUGCAUUAAAGGACUGGCCUGUGGCUUC